CUGAUUCUCGAUUGUCGCUGGCCGUCAACAUUCGCUGGCUUUACACUGUCACUGGGCACGCUGACCUCUACAUUCAUUAGUUCCGCUUCAGCGUGUUAUUCUAUUACAGAAGGCAGAAGAAGCUACCAUACUCUAAGAUGGUGCAACAAUCGGGCUCGAGCACGGUCUCGCCACAGAUUCGAACCUUUUGGUUCGCGACAUUGCUUUCCGCCGCCUUUCUCCUUGCUCUGGUUAUUGCGACGGCGCUCGUGUGCAACAAGAUUCGCCGCAUGUCCGCGUGGUUUAACUUUUGUUUUGCCUGGAUGGUCUCCGCCAUAUCGUACAGUCUGCUAGCCUUCUCUGGCACACCUCUCGGAAAAAAUCCUCCCUUGAACUUGUGCUUAACCCAAGCUGCUUUGAUUUAUGCAGCACCGGUACUUGACACCGCGACCGGAAUUGCUUGGAUGCUGCAGCUGUGGUUUGCCACGUCAGCUUUCAUGAAGAACGGCAGAGAACAAGACGCAAAGCGAAGGCCAGAGGAGCAGACGCUCUCGCUGCUCGUGCUCCCUUACAUAGCAUAUUUAACUGUUGUGGUCAUCAAUUUUGAGAUCGGGAUCGCACGGCUUGACACAAUUAACAUCGACGAGAGUGGACUAUAUUGCAGUCAUGGUACCAGACUCCCGGGUAUCAUCACCAACGUUCUUUCGGCGAUAGGAGCGCUCGUGAUAUUAGUCCUCGAGGGCUUAUGCGUCAGACACCACUAUCGAAUCUGGCGAUCGUAUGGCUACCUGGAGUCCGCACGACCUACGCUUGGGCUUCUGAUACGAGUUGUGACAUUUUCGACUCUGGAUAUCAUUGUCGUCGCGAUAACCUGCGUUCAUCUUAUCAAUCAGACGGUCAUAUUCAGCGAGUUCGAGCAUGUCAUUCUGGCAAUGGUUCAUGUUGCUUGUCUCCUGCUUUUUGGACUAUCAGGAGAUAUCGUUCAUACCUGGGUUUGCUGGAAAUCCUGUCGCAAGCUAUGGUUCUGCCCCCCAUCGGUAUCGGAUGACAUCUCGUACUCCGAGAAAGCCAAUGCGGAGAGCGUUGAUUGCCAGGUAUAGCGUACCAAGCCUCGAUUUGGCUGUUUCUCACUUGUACUACGUUGUUCUCAUCUGUGUAUGCUGCAUAUGAUAUGAGACAAUGCCAGUGGAUGCGGGC